UAAACCAUUGUGGGUAUAUAGAUCUACAAAUAUAGAUUUGAAAGGCAAAAAGAUGGUGAAGUCAUCUUGUUACGACAACGGAGUGAAGAAAGGUGCAUGGAGUGAAGAUGAAGACAACAAGUUAAGAGCUUACAUCCAGAGAUACGGCCAUUGGAACUGGGGUUUGCUUCCCAAGUUUGCUGGUGUAUCAAGAAGUGGUAAAAGUUGCAGGUUGAGAUGGAUGAACUAUCUCCGCCCAAACAUUAAACAUGGAAAUUUUACAAAGGAAGAAGACGAUCUGCUUAUUGAUUUACAUAAAAAGCUUGGAAACAAAUGGUCAACAAUAGCUGCAAAGCUACCAGGAAGAAGCGACAAUGAAAUAAAAAAUCGUUGGAACACACAUUUGAAGAAGAGAGCUCAGAAUGAACACACUGAGUCUUCAAAGGAACACUUAGGAACUCUAGAAUACCAUCAGGCUACCUCUAAAGAAAAUCAUGUUAACAAAACAAAUCUACAACAUCAACCUGAAGUCGGAACAUUAUUUGCAGGAGUAUCAUCUGAAUCUCCAUCAGAUUCUUCAAUAACAGAAAUAUCAUCGUGUCAGUUGAGUGGCUCAGAUUGUGCAGUUUUUAGUUACUUUACACCACAAACAUUCGAUGAAGAACUGAUCGGUAAUUUCUGGAGUGAGCCGUUUCUAACAGACAUUGACGCCAUUACAUCAUCAGGAAAUAACCUGUUGUCACCUUUUAAUUUUGUCAACGAGUUCGACUCUCAAACUUCAUGCCAGGAUUUGAUGAUGACGGAUGAUCAGUGUUUAUGGUCAAUGAUGGAUUCAUAUAUUGAAAACAAUAUCUUCUUAAAUUGAACACCUAGUUCAGUUCAGUUGGUGUCUUAUCUUCUAGAUUUCCCUUGACUAUUUCUCUAUUUGUGGUAUUGUAAAUAUACCGCCACUACUCUCAACAGUUUUUUUCCCGUUUCAUUAGUCCCAUCUCUGAACAAUUAAAUGACAUUUUUUUAGUCAUGCUGCUACCCUUCC